CUCCGCGCACCGCCGCCACCUCCUCCCACUGCCGGGCCCACAUGGACGCCCCCGCGCACCGCCGCCGCGUCCUCCCGCUGCCGGGCCCACAUGGACGCCUACCACUAGACAGUCCAUGCGUGUUCGCCCUCUCAUCCCAUCGCCACCGACCUCUCAUCCCGCCGCCGCCGACCUCUCCUCCUCCCUACACCGCCUCCCGCCCUCGCUCCGACUCCCGCCGGCCCACCCUGCCUCCGUAGCCGACCGUUUCGUCCCGGGCUUCGGCUACUACCGCGUGCCCCCGCCACCACCGCCGCCGCUGCCGCCGGCGGCGAGCGGUGGCGCAGGAUCCCAUCACUCGCGCUCGCUGUCGCAGCCCCAGUUCUUCUCCAUGGACUUUCUCUUCCGCCCCCCGUACCCCGAUCCGUCUGCGCCGGCGGCGAUCGCGCUCUCCCCGCCGCCGCCGCCGCCGCCAUCGGGCUCAGACCGGGGGGCGUCCGGACUGCCGCCGCCGUUGGGCUCCGAGCGGGGGGCGUCCGGACUGCCGCCGCUGCGGGCGGGGCAUCAGCGGUCGCAGAGCGACGUUCCCCUCGCGUUCUCCUCCCAGCCGAACCUGCCCAUGCCACCUCCGGCGCCGGUGAACGCGGAGGCCCUGGUGGCCGCGAACAACAGCACCCUCGACGGGAUCCUCGGCGCGUACAACAAGAGUACGAAUGGCCUUGGCGCGGUCGGCUCCUCCGGGCUCGUCGGCCAGGAGCGGCGCGACCAGCUGGACAGCCAAGCGCCCGCGUGGAGCCCCGGUGACAGCAGCGAGAACGAAGCCGAGAGCGCGGACGGCAGCUUGCCCAGGCAUUGCCGCAGCUUGUCGGCGGACAGCCUUGUGGGGAAGUUCAAGUUUGGACCCUCCGGCCUGGAGCCGUCCAACUCCAACUCCAACCUGCCGCCUCCAUCUCCGGGGCCGGGUGCUGCUGGUCGGCUGGCACGCAGUGGAAGUGGUUCCAUUGGUGGUGCCGCUGCUCUCUUCGCCAAGGAAUUCGCAAACAGUAAGGAAUUCAGUGAAGCAGAGAAGAAGGUUAUCAUGGACAGUGAGCACCUCGCGCAGAUUGUGCUGACCGAUCCUAAGAGGGUCAGGAGGAUCCUAAACAAUCGGCUGUCUGCUGCUAAGUCAAAGGAGCGCAAGGCAAAGUACAUUGUGGAGCUUGAGGGCAAGGUUCAGGUGCUGCAGGGGGAGACUAUGAACUUAUCUGCACAAGUGAAAAUGAUUAAGAAGGGCCAGGCUAGGCUUUCAAUUCACAACCAUGAGAUGAGAAUCAGGCUGCAAGCUUUGGAGGAGCAAGCACAGUUGAAAGAGGCUCUGAACGAAGCAUUGCAUGCUGAGGUCGAACGCCUAAAUCUGGUUGUUGCCGAGGCCAUUAAUCCUCAUAUGCCGAACAGUUCAGAGCAGCGGAUGAGCUCCCAGAUGAUUCAGCUUCACCAGCUGCAAAUUCUGAGGCAACCAUCACAGCUCCAGCAAGGUCAGCAACGCCAGCGGAACUUCUAGGAUGCUUUCGCAAAUGAGAUCUUCCAAGGGAAAUUUGAUAUUACAGAUUCAGUUAAAAACACCAUAUGCUCUGGACAAUACUUUACUUAGGUCGCGGGAAACAAUCAUAGGAAAAGGAAAACCAUCUCUUGUUGUGUCGAAAUUAUUUUUGUUCAAUCCUGGGAAAAACUCCGGUCGAUUUUUGAACUGUAUAAAGUGUCUGUCUGUCUGUCUCUGUAGCUGUGUGCUGGAUUCAUCCGAUUAUGGUACAAUACCUUGUGCCCCGACUUUGAACCGAUAACUUGAUGGAAAUGUACGACAUAUUCUUUGGGGCAACUCCAGUGGCAUGCUUUGUUGUUUGUACCUCAUAUCAUUGUUUUCUCCAUUUUGCGGUUUUGAGUGAUGCACAGUGGGUAUUACUUGUAUAAGCUUAGCUCCAUUUGUUGUAUGAUCUAAGCUGCAAGAUGAC